AUGUUAAUCUGGGACAGCGUCCCCGUCCUCGUCCCUGUCCUUAACCGCCCGGGGCAGAAGCUGAAGCAGCUGAACCAAUUCCCCGACUUCAACAACUACCUGAUCUUCGUGCUGACGCGGCUCAAGUCCGAAGAUGAGCCAACGCGGUCGCUCAGCGGCCUGAUCCUGAAGAACAACGUCAAGGCGCACUACCAGAGCUUCCCCCAGCCCGUGGCCGAGUUCAUCAAGCAGGAGUGCCUCAACAACAUCGGGGACGCGUCCUCCCUCAUCCGGGCUACCAUCGGCAUCCUCAUCACCACCAUCGCCUCCAAGGGGGAGCUGCAGAUGUGGCCGGAGCUGCCGGGGGCGUUCGGGGCCCUGCAGAAGAUCUGCGAGGACUCCUCCGAGCUCCUGGACAGUGACGCGCUCAACCGGCCCCUCAACGUCAUGAUCCCCAAGUUCCUCCAGUUCUUCAAGCACUGCAGCCCCAAGAUCAGGUCUCACGCCAUCGCCUGCGUCAACCAGUUCAUCAUGGACCGGGCUCAGGCGCUGAUGGAGAACAUUGACACCUUCAUCGAGCACCUCUUCGCUCUGGCGGUGGACGAGGACCCCGAGGUGCGGAAGAACGUCUGCCGCGCGCUGGUGAUGCUGCUGGAGGUCCGCAUCGACCGCCUCAUCCCCCACAUGCACAGCAUCAUCCAGUACAUGCUGCAGCGGACGCAGGACAGCGACGAGAACGUGGCGCUGGAGGCCUGCGAGUUCUGGCUGACGCUGGCUGAGCAGCCCAUCUGCAAGGAGGUGCUGACCUCCCACCUGAUGCAGCUCAUCCCUAUCCUGGUGCAUGGCAUGAAGUACUCGGAGAUUGAUAUCAUCCUGCUCAAGGGUGACGUGGAGGAGGACGAGGCCAUUCCUGACAGCGAGCAGGACAUCAAGCCCCGCUUCCACAAGUCCCGCACGGUGACGCUGCAGCACGAGGAGGAGCGGCCGCAGGACCCUGAUGACGCGGAGGAUGAGGACGAUGACGACACGCUCUCAGACUGGAACCUGAGGAAGUGCUCGGCUGCCGCGCUGGACGUACUGGCCAACGUCUUCCGGGAAGAGCUGCUCCCCCACCUCCUCCCGCUGCUCAAGGAGCUCCUCUUCCACCCCGAGUGGGUCAUCAAGGAGUCGGGCAUCCUUGUCCUGGGGGCCAUUGCGGAAGGCUGCAUGCAGGGCAUGGUGCCCUACCUGCCGGAGCUGAUCCCCCACCUCAUCCAAUGCCUGUCGGACAAGAAGGCGCUGGUGCGCUCCAUCGCCUGCUGGACCCUGAGCCGCUACGCCCACUGGGUGGUCAGCCAGCCCCCCGACAUGUACCUCAAGCCCCUCAUGACCGAGCUGCUCAAACGCAUCCUCGACAGCAACAAGCGGGUGCAGGAGGCGGCGUGCAGUGCCUUCGCCACGCUGGAGGAGGAGGCCUGCACGGAGCUGGUGCCGUAUCUCAGCUUCAUCCUGGACACGCUGGUCUUCGCCUUCGGCAAGUACCAGCACAAGAACCUGCUGAUCCUCUACGACGCCAUUGGGACCCUCGCCGACUCUGUGGGGCACCACCUCAACCAGCCGGAGUACAUCCAGAAGCUGAUGCCUCCGCUCAUCCAGAAGUGGAACGAGCUGAAGGACGAGGACAAGGAUCUCUUCCCGCUGCUGGAGUGCCUGUCCUCGGUGGCCACCGCCCUGCAGAGCGGCUUCCUGCCCUACUGCGAGCCCGUCUACCAGCGCUGCGUCACCCUGGUCCAGAAGACGCUGGCUCAGGCCAUGAUGUACAACCAGCACCCCGAGCAGUACGAGGCCCCCGACAAGGACUUCAUGAUCGUGGCCCUGGACCUGCUGAGCGGUUUGGCCGAGGGUCUCGGCUGCCACGUGGAGCAGCUGGUGGCUCGCAGCAACAUCAUGACACUGCUUUUCCAGUGCAUGCAGGACACCAUGCCCGAGGUGCGGCAGAGCUCCUUCGCCCUCCUGGGCGACCUCACCAAGGCCUGCUUCGUGCACGUCAAGCCCUGCAUUGAGGAGGGGUUCGACUGGUCGGCCGCCUGCGUGGACCUGGAGGAGCACCUGCAGCGCUGGGGGGGCGGUGGGGCCCCUAUGGAGCACUUCUCCCUGGACGAGGGGCACUUCGCCUCCGUCGAUUCCGUCCUCCUGCUGCAGGGAGGGACCCUCUGUGUUUCGGGCGCCCGCGACCGCAACGUCAACCUGUGGGACCUGCGGCAGCUGGGACGGGCCCCCGGCAAGGUGCUGGUGAAGGCGCUGGGCACCGAGCGCAACGGGACGCACAAGGGCUGGGUCUGGUGUUUGGCUUCCCGAGACAACAAGGUGUGCUCGGGCUCCUGGGACAGCACGGUGAAGCUGUGGGACCUGGAGGCCGAGGGGCAGCAGUUUGGGGAGAUCAGGGAGAAGGCGGCUGUGCUGUGCCUCUCCUACCGCCGGGGUCCUGCUGCCCCCCAAAACCGCGGGGGGGCCAGGACGGGGCUGGGGGCUCCGUACCCCGUCACCUCCGGCCCAACGCUUCUCUCCCCACCCCAGCUGGAAAACUACCUGCUGUCCAUGUCGUACCGGGGGACGCAGCUCUGGGCCGGGGACAACCAGGGCCGGGUGUACGUCUUCGGGAACAGCGGCGGCAGCUUCCAGCCCGCCCGGUACUUCGAUGUGGGGCACCGGCUGCAGAUCACGGGGCUCUGGCACUCGCUGGGGUCCCUUUACACCACAUCCACCGACAGGACGCUGCGGGUGAGGCCGCCCUCGGGCUGCACCAUCUUCCUGGGCUUCACCUCCAACCUCAUCAGCUCCGGUGUCCGUGAGAGCAUCCGCUACCUGGUGCAGCGCAACAUGGUGGACGUGCUGGUGACCACGGCGGGGGGCGUGGAGGAGGAUCUCAUCAAGUGCCUGGCGCCCACCUACAUCGGGGACUUCAGCCUGCGGGGCCAGGACCUGCGCCAGAGCGGCAUCAACAGGAUCGGGAACCUGCUGGUGCCCAACGACAACUACUGCAAGUUUGAGGACUGGCUGAUGCCCAUCCUGGAGAAGAUGGUGGACGAGCAGGAAACACGCUGGUGA